AUGGCAGUGUGGGAUGUCGUUUCUUUGAAUCGUAUGAUCACUGGGUUCAUUCGAGACGGUAUCAGCAAUCGAGCUCUUGUAGUUUACAAGUGGAUGGUUGCUUCAGGCUUCAGAGAGACCCCUCAUACCUUCUCUGCAAUCCUCGGUGCGUGCAACAGCUGCGAGGGACUGCAACUGCAUGGCCGGAUACUGGCCUUGGGCCUGUGCUCCAACCCAUUUGUCAGGUCUGCGUUGGUCAAUCUGUAUAUGCACGUUGAAAUGCCUUGUGCUGCUCUCUUGCUGUACAAUGAGAUGCCAUUGCAGAGCACAGUCAUGUCCAAUGUGGUUCUGGGUGGUUUGUGCAACCUGAAGUUGGCCGAGGACCUCCUUUGGUCCUUGCUAGACAUGAGACGGCGUGGUUUGGAGUUGAAUGGUCUUUCCUACUGUUACGCGAUGAAAGUAUGCUAUCAAGAUGAAGAAUGGCUGGAACAAGGCAGGCAACUUCAUGGAGUGGUUCUCAAGGCAGGGUGGGUUCCGUCAAAUAUUUUCCUGUCAAACUCGCUUGUGGAUCUUUACUCAGCAACCGGAGACUUAGUGGAUGCUAAGAAUUCACUGGAUGCUAUCCCUUCCGAGGAUGUCAUCUCAUGGAACUCAAUUGUUUCUGUUUGUGCAAGCAAAGGACGUAUAAAGGAAGCAACUGAUUACUUGAGACAGAUGCUUUGGCAUGGCAAGAUGCCCUCAGUCCGCUCCUUUGUUGGGCUCUUUGCUUCGUCUGGUCAGACUGGAGACCUUCGAGUUGGGGUGCAGAUGCAUGGUAUUGCACUUAAGCUUGGAUUCAGUUGGAGUAGUGCGCAUGUGCAAACUGCACUCAUUGACAUGUAUGGAAAGUGCUGCUCUUUUGAUUGUUCCUUGGCAGUCUUUAAUGAAAUCCCAAGCCUUGCACUGGAGUGCUGUAAUUCAACAAUUACAUCAUCAAUUCGCAGCAAGGUUUUUCACUCCUCACUGGAGGUCUUGUACUGUAUGACUGUAGAGGGAGUUAUGCCUGAUAACGUGACUCUCUCUGCAACCCUGAAGGCCAUAUCUUUGUCAGCUUCGCCAAGUUUAAUCAGUUGCCAGAUGCUGCAUUCCUGGGUCUUCAAGCUGGGCUUUGAAACAGACAUGGCUGUGUGCUCCUCCUUGAUCAGCGCAUAUGCUCGAGCUGGUCAGGUGAACAGUUCCCACCUGAUAUUCGAAAGCUUGCGGGAUCCAAACGUUGUUUGCUUCACUUCAAUGAUAUCUACAUGCGCUCGAUACGGAGAUGGCGCAAAAGGAGUGGAGCUGUUCAAUGAGAUGGUUUCCAGGGGCCUCAAGCCUGACGACGUCACCUUCCUGUGCGCAAUCUCAGGGUGUGACCAGGCAGGAUUGAUCGAAGAAGGCAGGCUGGUGAUUGAGCUCAUGAGAGCGACCCGCGAGCUGGGUCCUGACGAGAGGCACUUCGCUUGCAUGGUUAACCUUCUCGGCCGAGACGGUUUUGUGGAGGAGGCAAUGAGGAUGAUGGAACACUUGCCGCUACGGCACUACACCAAGGCGUGGAGCUCGCUCAUUCAGAGCUGCAAGUCACAUGGUGAAAAUGCGCUGGGAAAGAGAGCUGCACAUAUGCUGAUAGAUGUGGGCCGAAAGGACGCAGCCACCAACUUGCAGGUAUCGAAAUACUUUUAUGAGAUUGGGGACGGCGAAAAUGCCUCGAGGAUUAAAGCCAUGGCAAGUGGGCAACAAGCGAAGGAGAGCGGUCACAGCUCGGUUGAGAUCAGUCAUGGAAUCUAG